CGACCGAUACAAGGCUCUUACCGAAGACGAGCCGGCACAGUCACCAGCUGGCGCCGCUCUACGUGGGACGGGGGCCACUGUCCGCGACUGCGCCAACUUGCCGUCCGAAUACCGUGCAGCCGUGCGUGUCGAAGAAGGAGCUUCCGCGAGGGCGACAGCAAGGCUCCGAUACUCGACGAAGAGCAGAACUGCCACUUCUCGUGGUCGUCGUCCUCUCCUUCGCUGUCUCCAGAACCCCGCAGUGCCAGCCGAGAACCGUCUUCCGACAUCGAGCCUUCGCCAUCUUGCACGCCUAAAGGUAACCUUGUCUUUGUUGAUUCGAGCCCCGAAAGCGAAGAAAAUAGCGAGAAGAGAGUUAUCGUGCCCCCUGCGGACGUUGUUCUGGCCUGUUCUCCAAGCUCGAACCUAACUAGCGAUUUCGAAAGCGACCCGAAGUGGACUGGCAGCCCUCCACAGAGAGCCGCUGGCUGUCUCAACGUAACGGCGAGUAGCGGGCCUGUAUGCCACAUUUACCACGAGGGAGACCAACAGAACUCGCUCGUGUCGCUGUGCAGGUGCUCGGGCACUAUGGGUCUCCUGCACGUCACCUGCCUAGAGCGCUGGCUGAACGCCCGCAACGUAGAUUGCUGCGAAAUUUGCCACCAGCGCUUUCCUACCGCGGGGGAGGCCACUUGCGUGCGCCAGUUCUUCUACUGGGCGCUGCACGGCGAUUCGCGGCGGGCGGUGCUGGGAGACUUGUUUUGCUUCGCGCUCCUGACGCCGGUGGCCGCGCUGAGCUGUUUCACGUGCACCCACAGCACCGCGAAGCAAGCGCUCGAAGGCCGUAUCAUUGAGGCGGCCGGCCUGGUCACUCUCGCCUGCCUCUUGGUCACGGCCUACGUGGCCUGGUCGUUUCUUACGGUUCGCUUCCACUGCCGAGCUUUCGCGGCUGGCAGGCAAGGAAUCCGAUGCGCAGGAUCCUGGCACCACCUUUAGCCAGGGGAGCAGCUGCAGGCGGACAUGACAGGACUACCGCCGGUCAAUCGGCGGUCGCGCGAGAGCUGGUGGAUGUCGUCGGUGGAAGCGUCAACGAGACCGGGCGCACGUCAGCGGCAUGGGGUCAAGGCGGCGGCACGCGAGUGGCUUUGGAACAUUCGCCGAUCGUUUCUCCAGAAGACCUGCCUUCUGCGCAGCAGCAGCGAACCUACGCGCUUGGCCCAUCCGCAGGCUUCGCGUUUUGGUAGAUGUUUGUUGUUUCGAUAAACACUUUUAUUCGUUUUAUGGUCUAAGCAAAGUGAUGCGUUAAGCAUUCCUUGUAAUUUUAACUCUUUUUUUUUUUUUUUUAACUUCGCCUGUUUUACCUUUUUACUUUUUACUCAAUACUUUUUUUGCAAAUAAAGAUAGCUUUGAUAUUAAAACGACCAGCCUUGAUAUCAACUCGUUUUUCCAAUGCCUUUUUGAUUGUUUUAAAUGAUUUCCAGUCUACCGCAUUAGCGCUUGCUGUGGUCGCGUAGUUUGACAAUGCGCUAGUAAAACUUAGGGCGCAGGAUAGAAUCUCGGCCGCGGUGGCCGCAUUUUGAAUUGGAAGAACUGAAAAAAAAAAACGUCCGUGUACCGCCAACUGUUUCCCGUUAAAGAACCUAAGGUGGUCAAAAUGAAUCUGGACUCCCCCACUGGCGUGUCUUGUAAUAUUGUGGUUUUGGCACGUGAACUCCAAAAUUUACUUUACAGCAUUUAGAGCUUUACAUGUCUCAAACCUUAUUUGCAACAUUUCGGAGUAUCCGCGGUGUUCUAGGAUUUCGCUAGUGCGUACCAAAGUAGGAAGUUUUCAUAAAAUUUUCGCAUGACAAUGCGGACGCAAUUCUCGCCGUGCUAGUACCACAACGAAUGCGGCCACGUUGACGUCGGUGCGCCGUAUCUCGCCUACUUUGGAUUGCUUUCUGG